AUGACGCUCGAUCUCCUGAUUGUCUCUGCGGGAAGCCUAGCCCUAAAGCUCCUCCGAGUGACUCCUCUCAUCACCACCACCAUCCUUCUCAUUAACCGCCUGGCCCAAUACUUCGCCCUCUCCACCUUCCUCCCCCCUCACACCUCCCCCAAGAAAAUCGACCACGUCGGCGCCGCCUUCCAGCACUGGCUGCAGACAGUCGUUCCCCGCGUCUGGACUGGCGUCAUCGGCAUAGUCCUCUUGACUCGGGUUGCCCUGAUUCUGAAUCUUUUCGUGCGCCCGGAUGACCUCGCUGGCAGCAACGCCCGCUUUCUUUACGGUGUUGGACUCUUCCUAUCGUUUGCGCACUUGGCCGUGGCGCCCAAAAUGUUGAAGUUUGAGAAGCGCAUGAUGAGUCCCGAAACUGUUCCGCAGGUCGCAAUGGAGUUGCUGGCCGGGUGGAUGAAGGUCAACAAUGUAAGGUUCUGGAUGGUGGAUGUGCCCUUCUGGGUAGUUGGGGUGUGGGCCACCCUUGAGGGCCUGAAGGCGUAG